GUUUCGGUUUGUUCAUUCUGGAAUUGUUGAUAUUGUGAAGCCUUCAGGCAAAAGAAGAGCAAGAUAUUCAUUUACCCAGAACAACAAGCAGGUCAUGGAGGUUCAUCAGUCUGCUGUGAUUCUGCUGCUGGUCGUGUGUGUGUCGUUCUCCACUCAUGCUGAUCCACAACCACCACCAGAUGUAGAGCCCCGUUAUCUAAAAUUCCUCAAACAGCAUUUCGGUCCUGAUAUGAGUGAGCAGAAGUGUGACCGUAAAAUGAAUAAUGGCAUUACUGGACCUAACGGUGUCUGCAAAGAUGUCAACACCUUCAUACAAGCAAAUUCAAAUGAAAUUAAAGCGGUUUGUGGCACAGGAGGACGUCCACAGGGUGGUGACCUGUUUAAGAGCGGACAGCAGUUUCCUGUGAUCACAUGCAAAUUGAAACGUGGGUCGAGACCCCCAAGAUGUGCCUAUAGAGGGAAGAGGUCGACUCGUUACGUUGUGUUGGGCUGUGAGAAAGGCUGGCCUGUACAUUAUGAUGAAGGCACAAUUAAUUAGCAUAUAAAGAAAACAAACUGAACAGAGCUCUACAAUGUUUUCCUAAUGAUUUGUUCACUUCUUAUUUUCUUUCUUUGUUUGUUUUUCAAGUUUGAGAAAUCUGUAAUGAAGCACAUCUGUGAACAUGAACACAACAGAUUUAUGCAUAAUUAUAUUUGAGCAAGAAUCAGGGGAACAACGUUUUUUUUUUCUUUUGAAGAACAGCACACAGUUGUUAGAGUAAAGAGAGUAAAGUCACUCUCUCUCAUCAUUUAAUGAGCAUAAUGUUAAAAAUAACUCUAAUUUCUUUAAAUGAAUCGUUUCUUCAUGUCUCUGUGUGUAAUUCUACUUUUCAUGUGCAGAUUCGACUAGUCUGUUAACACUUUUUGAGCAUUAAAAAAACUUUUAAUGGGAGUAGUGAAUGAGCAAAACUAGACGAGGGAAGAAAAAUACAGAAGUUUUUACACCUGUCUGUAAUCCUCAAUAAAACUUCUCUACCAUUAAACUCUUCUGCUGGAUUGACUUGCA